CACUCAUGGUCAGGCACUCACAUCUGGGAGAGAGCCUGUACACACACACUCACUCACACCCAGACAACACUCACACACACACCUAUAUACAUCGGCAUCGGGCAACUCGUUAACAAUCUGACCAACACUAUCUCUUGCUCACACACAGAGAAACACAAGCACACACUCUCUCUCUCUCAAAAAAAACACAUGGUACACCCACACACACAUACACGUAGACCAAAACACACACUCACCACCGCAUACACACCCUCCCCUCCUCCCUCGGUCGCUUGCGCGGCUCGGCGACCCUCCAUCACUGGCCAGGCCCCCCUGCCCUGAACAUCUCCAACCUUUCGGCUAGGACCAUUCGGGAAAGCAGGAGACUGAGGUGGAUGAUGAUCAUGCUGGCUAGGCUCGUGGUGGGACUCCUGGUCCUGAAGGUGGCCGCAGCCUCUCCCACCAGACACGCCCGCCAAGUGGAACUGGAUACGUACGACAGCAACAACUAUGAUGUGGGUAUGAAUCUGGAGAACCAGGACGUCUACGACUAUUAUGAUGGAGUCACCAUUGAUGAGCCUCAGAUAGAGAUCGGCACGCUGGCCCCGCCCGAGGAGAGCGCCGUGGGAGAGGAGGAGGGAGAGGAGGCGGAGGAGACGGAGAUCCCCAUCAAGCCCCAGCUCAUCCCUGCAGGAGGCUCUGGGGGUUCCGGGCAGCUCAUGGGCCCCGACUCGCAGGGAGAGGAGGAGCUGCGCCUGACGCCCAUUGACAUUCUUCAAAUCUCUGGGGACUUGGGAGAGUCGGGAGAGGCAUCGGGGGCAUCCGGGGACGCUGGGGGCUCCGGCGCUUCUGGAGAUUUUGGUUCCGGCGUGUUCAGUGGGGCUUCGGGCGACUUUGGCUCCGGGGGUUCCGGGGGUUCCGGGGCUUCCUCUGGCGAGGAGCCGUCCGAGGCGUCCGGUGAGAUUGAGUACUCCGGAAUCUCCGGUGAAUUUAGCGGGGAAGCCUCUGGAACCUCCGGGGACUUUGGCACCGAAGCUUCGGGGACUUCCGGCGACCUGGGCUCCGCAGGUUCUGGAGUCUCUGGUGACCUCGGGUCCGGAGCCUCCGGUUCUGGGUCAGGUUCAGGAAUAGUGUUGGUCCCUGAUGGAGAGGAGGAGCUCCCCCUGGUUCCGGACCUCCCCGAGGAGGCCUCCGGGGCUUCCGCGGAGGAGUCGGGGGAGCCCGAGUCUGGGGAGGAGGAGGUUAUAGUAGUCCCUACAAUAGUGGAAGAGGACGAGCUGCUCCCGACAGUCCCUACCACCCCAGAGGAGGUCACAGGGGGUGUUGUGGGCUCUGGAGAGUCAGGCUCACCUGACAUUGACAUUGACAUUGACAGUACGGAAGGUAUGUCAACCUGCAUGCUGUGUACCUGCUUGGGCGGGUCUGUCUACUGUGACGAUGUGAAGUUGCAGAGUGUACCACCCCUGCCCAAAGAUACCACUCACUUCUAUGCCCGCUACAACAAGAUCACAAAGAUCAACAAGUCCGACUUUGCUAACAUGAACAAGCUGAAGAGAAUCGAUCUUACGAGUAACGAGAUCGGCCGGGUGGACGAUGACGCCUUUUUCGGGCUGCCCGCUUUGCAGGAGCUGGUGGUGAGAGAGAACAGGCUUGUCCAUCUGCCCGCCCUGCCAGCCUCCAUGACCCUCAUUGAUGCCAGUAUCAACAAACUGGGUAGCACGGGCAUUCAGAAAGAGGCUUUCAAGGAUAUGGCAGGUCUUCUGUACCUGUACUUGACGGAUAACAACAUUGACUAUGUUCCUGUACCGCUGCCGGACAGUCUACGCUCAUUGCACCUACAGAACAACAACAUCCAAAUGCUGCACGAAGACACAUUCUGCAACGUGAAAGACUUACACUAUAUCCGGUACGCUCUGGAGGACGUGCGCCUGGAUGGAAACCCCCUCAACCUCAGCAGAACCCCGCAUGCCUAUGUGUGUCUGCCUCGCAUUCCUAUUGGUGCUCUUAUUUAAAUUCACACACACACACACAAACACACACACACACACACACACACAAAUUUGCACAUGCGUUAAGACCUCUGUGUGCUCACCCAACUUUAUUUCCUCACUAAAGGCUCAUGCAAACUUACAAAUGAAUAGAUGCCUUUUACUGACUUGUGCAAACACAAACACACAAACACACAUGCGCGCGGACACACACACACACAGUAAGACACUUGAACACACAAAAUUGCAUACUCAGUAGAUGAUAUUUGAAUUGGUAAUGAUGCAAACUUUUCCUCCAACUACCUGCCUGUUUCCAUAUGGAUAUCCAACCAAAAGACAUUAAUGCAAGACACACUCACACACGCUACGACCAGAAGUCACUGGUCACUGGAAAACAGACUAUAAGAGUUCGCUUUUUUGAAAAAAAUCACUGGGGAAAUGUGACAAAGCCUUCUUAGGUGUCUAUGCCACCCAAUCACAAGCACAGACACACUCACACACACACACACACAGAUGCACACAUAUACAUGCACACACACACAGCAGAGGAAGUUUUAUCUUGAAUUUCUCAGAUCUCAGAUGAAAAAUCAUGGGAAGAAACACAAAAUCAUGAACCUCUGAACAUAAACUAUGAAUCAGUUUUAUUGAUCAAUCAAUCAAUCAAUCAAUCAAUCAAUCAAUCAAAAAUAUUUUGUUUAUUUUAUUUUUAUUCCUGUUCAGGA